UCGAUAGUACUUCUGUCUCUAGCUAGCUCCCACACACCAAUAAACCCAAUUUUAUCUUCGUAGAAUCACAGAUUAUGUGGUCGCAAUUCUUCUCGAAUCGUGCAAUUUCAAUUAAUUAACCUUUUUUUUUUUCAAAAAAAUAAUAAUAAUAAUAAAUAAAACCUAAAAUAAAGAAGUAGGAAAACAAUUACGAAAUUUAAUCAUGGCAGGGAACCAAGCAUCCACGGUGAAUGGGCAUGAAAAGAAGAAAGAUUACACCAAAAUCAUACAAAUUUACCAGAAGGCCCUGGAUGACCUUGUGAACGUCAACUCACUCUUCACCGUUGCCGUAUUCGUGGGACUGUCCUCGGCCCCGGACCAGUUUAGCCUCGACGACAGAGAGGAGUGCCAUGGCAGCAUUGGCAUGUCAAAGAGGCUUAUUGUGUUUGAGAUCAUAUCUUUCAGUUGCCUCUUGUUCUCGGGCCUUGUGGCCAAGUCAGUGAAGGUUGAUCUUCACCUCUACCAAGAACAUGAUUUUGAAAACGGACGUCUGAAGCGUAGCCGAGUCUUGCUGCUGUUUUUGUCAGCAUUGGCAUCCAUUGCCGGAUGUGUUUUCUUAGAGGCUUCGAUGCUUCACGUCAUUCAGCUGAGGUUGGGGAAGCUGUCUUGCCGGGGAACUCACACACUCGGCGCCGCCAUAAGCAUGAUUGUGAUUAUCUGUUCUGUUCUAAUCAUCUAUAUGGCUGUCCUCAUGGUUGCUCUAUCAAAGACACUGGCACCUGUUCCAUAAAAGAUGCAUGAACACGUCUUUCAUUAACUAAGUUAAUUAAUUACGUAUUUGAAAUGUUAUAGGCAAUUUUGCUCUCUUACUGAAUCAUGACCCUUUUGCUACACAGGCUCUGAAAACUGUUGGACAUGUUACAUGUAUAGCAUAUUGGUGUUUUAACUUAAUGAAAUUAUAUGGUGUCUUGUUUGAUCU